AUGCCACGAAAAGCUCUAAAAGAGACAGUGGUUUUUGUAACCAAUGUGGGUGUCAAUGUUGACGGUGAACAUGAUAUGAAUUUUUUAGAAAAUGCUAAAAUCGCUAUGGAACGUAUUAUUGAAAAAAAAAUUUUUGUAAGACCCAAAGACGAAGUCGGUGUAAUACUAAUGGGUGUUGAAGAUGGUAAUAAUUCAUUAGAAUUGAACCUUAUUGAUAACUAUAUUAAUGUUGAAGGAGAAUAUAUGUCCUUAUCUUUUGUAUUACCAAAGUUAGAAUUUUAUGGCGCUCAUAAAACAUCUCCGACGGCUUGGAAAUGUAAUUUGGAGAUCGGAACUCUGAAAAUUCCUGUUGCUAUAUACAUUUCAAUUACUGAAGUACAGCCGUUGAACAAGUGGCAGGAUAUUUCAACCUCCUUUGAUCCCAAUAGUGCAGAAGAGUUGCACUCAGUGAGUAAAAAACGGGUCUUGGCUGAUCGCUACCGAGAAGAAUACAAACUUGAAGAUACUGUUCAAGGCUAUAUGUACGGAAGAAAAUUUAUUCCACUUACUGAAGAAGAUUCGGCUGUUUUAAAAUUACCUUCUGAAGAAAAGUCAUUCAAACUUUAUGGAUUUUCUCCAGAAAAAUUCGUGAAGCUUGAUUAUCGUCACGGAAAAAAAACUCAUGUUAUUUUACCAUUAGAAGGAGCAGAAGAAGAAUUUUUCUGUCUGGUAAAGGCGAUGGCUGACUUGCAACGGGUAGCUCUUGUCCGGAAAAUUUACAAUAGAAACUGUAGCCCUUCAAUGCACGUUCUAUAUCCACAAAUUGGUAAUGGUGAUAAACCAUGGUGCUUUUUCAUGUAUGAAUUAAUCUAUUCGGAAGAACGUCUUAUAAUAACACCACGUUCCUACGAUAAUGUGCUCAAAAACAUACGGCAAGAACAAUUAGAUUGUGUUGAUAAGCUAAUAAAUUUAAUGACGCUUGGACAGUCUACUAUUCCCGAAGAUGAAAACAAGACCUAUGAAACUUGUUCCGUAGAAUCUCCAGACUUACAACACAUAUGGAAUACACUAUCAUUAAGAGCAUUUGAUCCAGAAGCACCAAUACCGGAACCUAAAUUGUCUGUAUUGAAGCCUAUUCAACCACCGGAAUGGAAGAAUCCAACUGAAUUAGCAAACUGUAUCACUGAUAUUAUCAGCGCUUAUGAAAUAAAAGACGAACCAAAAAAGACAUUUGAACCUGUUGACAUUAUCGAUGUCUCUCAACUGACGCAGCCACAAACUAUUAAAAAGAAUACUGAGCCUGGAGAUUUUCUUCCACCUCCGAUGGAUGUUGAUUUAGACGCACUGGUGUGUAUAAUUAAUUUUACAAUUCAACUAUAUAUUUCGUAA